UGAGCGGAAGGAGUUGUAGUUCAGAGAACAGUGGACUGACUACAGAGUGAGUACAGACAUAAGGAUUGUGUCCACACUGACGGAGAUAGUCUGUUUAUUCUGAGACAAGACAUGGCAGAAGCUGUGGACACGAACACACUAUGUCUCUUUGACGUGGACGGCACGCUCACGGCCGCCAGACAGUGUGUGACUCCAGAAAUGGCCGGGUUCCUGGACAGGCUGAAAACUCGAGUUCGAGUCGGCGUCGUUGGAGGGUCCGACCUCAGCAAGAUCAAGGAGCAGCUGGGAAACGAUGUGAUCCAGAAAGUGGACUACGUGUUUGCCGAGAACGGUCUGGUGGCCUACAAGGACGGACAGCUGCUCUCCGUCCAGUCCAUCCAGGCGCACAUGGGAGAAGAGCUGCUGCAGGAUUUCAUCAACUUCUGUCUCAACUACAUGGCCAAGAUCAAACUGCCCAAGAAGAGGGGGACGUUCAUUGAGUUUCGUAACGGGAUGUUGAACGUGUCUCCCAUCGGACGCAGCUGCACGCAGGAGGAGAGGAACGAGUUCUACGAGCUCGACAAGAAAGAGAAGAUCAGAGAGAAGUUUGUGUCUGUGUUGAAGGAAGAAUUCAAAGGACGAGGACUGUCCUUCUCCAUCGGAGGACAGAUCAGUUUUGACGUGUUCCCUGAUGGCUGGGAUAAGAGAUACUGUCUGGGCAUCGUAGAGAAGGACAAAUACUCCACCAUUCACUUCUUUGGAGACAAGACCAAACCUGGAGGAAACGACUACGAGAUCUACAGCGACCCUCGGACCAUCGGCCACGAAGUUUCCUGUCCAGAGGAGACACAUCGUCUCUGUGAGCAGCUGUUCUUCUCCUGAGGACCAGACUGUCAAUAAAUGACUUUAAAAGACAAACUCAAGGUGGAGAAUAAGACUCAGACCAGACCAGGCUGAGGGACGAGGUUCAGGUGGUGGAAACCUUCACCAAUCAUCUCCUAAAUAAAUGAAUGAAUGAAUGAAUGAAUACAGUUUCCAGGAGGGACAGAAACCAGGGGGAAGAAAACAAAGAUGAACCGAAGCUGGAAUCACAUGUGGACAGAGAUGGUGGAGACGUGGAGACAUCUUGGUCGUCUUCAAAGAUUCUCAAAGACAUUCAGGACUGGACACUUACAUGGACACUUCUUCUUCUUCUUCUGUUCUGUUUCCAGUAGAUUUAAUGCUCCUCUUCAUCAAUAAAGUUCUGCAGUGAUUGAUGUUUUAAUGUAAA